AUGACGACCGCAUACUACGAGCAUCGCAUAGCUCACGUAUCCUCCCGGAAGCCGCGUAAAACCCUAAGAGCACCAGUGCGCCAUAUCGCCAUUCGCAAGGAACUUAUCGCAGCCUCGAAAACCCGUCUCGUGCUUCGGCCGGAAGGUCGCCCCAAGUCGGCGGUGGCAUAUAGAAUCACAGAUGAAGAUGGAUCGCCACAUUUUACGGUGACAGGAAGGAAAUAUAGUGAUCGAUCAUGUCGUGAAUUCCGCGACGCCUCGGGACUGCCUUUGUUCGAGCUGCAUCGCAGGAUCUCAUUCACCAAUAUCUGGUCCGUUUCGUUACCCGGCAGCAAUAAUGGCAGUAUAGCCAUGGGGACACCGCGAUGGUCACUCAGUUCGCCCUCGGCCGGAAACUUUAACAUCACUUUUGAGAAUGCAGCUGCCAUUCAAAACAAGAGUGAGCAGGAGAAGAAGCUCACGCUUCAGGUCGAGCGGCACGGAAAUGCGUUAGCACUGUUCGAUAUUGUGGAUGGCGAUCGGAAGGUCGCUGAGGUGCGCGAAAGUAUCCAGCAUAAUGAAAAGUUGGCCUUGAUGCGCAGUUCGCGCCAAGGGUAUCGACCUGCUCUGGAUGUGAUUGUUACUCCAGGCGUGGACCUGUCGCUGAUUGUCAUAAUUGCCGUUAUUGUAGAGGACUGGAUCUUUGGUUCGAGUUGA